UAUUGAUCAAAGAAUGCAAUUUUAUGACCAUGACCGUGACAGUCCAUAAAGUAAAUCCACGCUAUCUAUCCAUCCCAUGGCCAAACCAGUCUAUAACUAUCCAUCCAGUCCCGGAUCCACCAUGAGUAUAAAGAGAAAUAAAAGAACAAGAGCAAACCCAUAUGUACAUACAAUGCAUGCCGGAAGUGCAGUCAUUCAUCCAGUCAUCCAGCCGGGUGGGGAAUUAGUUCGUAAGAAUCAAAACAGUGAUCGAUCAUCAUCAAGCACAACGCACAACUCCAAGCGAGUGCAGCCAAACAUAUAACAGCCAAGGUAUCAAGAAAUGGAAACCCCGGGAAAACAUCGAGGUCGGAUAAAUAAUCACAGAAUGCGCCAGAUCGGUAAUCAGAGAUGCGAAGGCGGUAGUU